UUAUUUCGAACUGUGAACCAGAGUCACUUGACAGGACCUGCUGACGGUUUUUAUCGGGACACACUGCACAUCCAGCGUUAACAAUAUUAAGAAGCUCACAACUGAAAAAAAAUGACUGAACCAGCAGGAGGAAGCAUUGGAAAAAGCUCUUCUGCAAUCACUGAGAAAAACACACCAACUGGGACUGAAGUGGAUCCAGCGGAUGAAGGGGCAUCAUGUCUUCCAGGCCCAAGCUGCAGUAAUAUAGAAAGUCAAAUAAAAACAGAACUUUCACUGCUGGAAAUGUAUAUUCCUCAUGGCCCAGGCAAACUUAGGAAUCGCCUGAAGGAAUGUGCACUUGACUGGACUCCGGUGACUGAAGUCUGGCCCAACGUCUUUUUAGGAAAUGAAGAGACAGCGUUGGACCGAGCCAUGCUGAAGACGAUGGGUAUUACCCAUAUCCUGAACGCUGCAGAAAUCGAAGUAGAUCUACAUGCAAACAUCAUUCCAAGGGAGUUACAUUACCAAGGCAUGGACAUCACCUACUACAACGUACCUGCUCUGGAUGAAGACAUGUUUGAUAUCAGCGAAUACUUUUUCCCAGCUGCGGAAUUUAUCAACAAGGCCCUGAGUAACCCGGAGAAUAAGGUGUUAGUCCACUGCGUUCAAGGUGUCAGCCGCUCUGCAACACUUUUUUUGGCAUAUCUGAUGAUCCAACAUGACAUAAUGGUGGAGAACGCCAUUGACCAUGUCACAGGUGUGCGAUGGAUCAGUCCCAACAUGGGCUUCUUAAAGCAGCUGACAGCUCUCAAUUCGACCCUCGUAGAGAAGCGAAAGCUACAGCUGAGAGAGCAGUUGAAAAGAGGCAACGAAGACACAGAGAAGCCCAUUCCAGAGCCUCAAGAGUCAAAACAGCGUAUCGAGGAAACCGUUAUCCAUCUGAAACAUUGUCUCCAGAAAUGCACACUGGACCAGACAUCUGCCACUGAGGUUUGGCCCAAUGUCGUCAUUGGAGAUGAACAUACAGCAAUGGACCGAGCCAAACUGAAGCAGAGGGGCAUUACACACAUCCUGAAUGCUGCAGCUAUUAAACACAAUUUAAUGGCGUCUUUGGGAAUGCCACGCAAGGAAGAUCUGCUACGUAAGGUCAAAACUGGGGCGCAAUAUUACAAAGGCAUGAACAUCACGUACUACGGUGUACCUGUAGUAGAUGACCCCUUGUUUGACAUCAGCAAGUACUUUUACCCCUCUGCAGCAUUCAUCCACCAGGCCCUCAGUGAGCCUGAAAAUAAGAUGUUGGUGCACUGCUCGGAUGGAGUAAGUCGAUCUCCCACACUAUUUUUGGCGUAUCUGAUGAUUCACCGUAAAAUGUCAGUGGAAGAUGCCAUGGGCCACGUUUUAAAAGUGAGAUGCAUCUGGCCCAACUUGGGCUUCUUGAAACAGCUGGCAGUUCUCAACUCAAAGCUUGCAUGUCAGCAAUAAACUAUCCAGACAGGCAUAACUGUAAAAAGCACAGGAAAAUAAAGCACAUGAGUAAAAUGAAAA